AUAAUCCUCCUCUCCAUGUUUAUUCUCACAACAACAACCCUGUGAGGCCUCUGUUCCGAAUGAAAGACCCUUCCUAAAGAUGGACUACAUCAGCGAGGCCUUGCUGGUCCCUUGCGGGAAGGACAAAUACAUCUCCAAACAUGAACUGUUGUUACACUUGAAGACGUACAACUUGUACUAUGAAGGUCAGAACUUGCAGCUUCGGCACAGAGAGGAAGAAGGGGAGUUCAUUGUGGAGGGCUUGCUGAACAUCUCCUGGGGGUUGCGCCGGCCCAUCCGCUUGCAGAUGCAGGACGACAACCAGCGCAUCCGGCCCCCGCCUUCCUCCUCCUCCUGGCACUCUGGGUGCAACCUGGGAGCACACGGGUCUGUCAUAAAGCCCACGACCUUGCCGGACAUCCAGGUCACGGAUGCCGAUCCCCUGUCGGACGGCGAUGGAACUGAUGGAGGACACGAUGACAAAGAUCUCAGAGCCCAGCAAGAAGAGGCGCCUCAGCUGAUGCGGACGCGAAGUGACGUCGGAGUGCGCCGCAGGGGGAAUCUGCGCACCCCGAGCGAACAGCGGCGGAUCAAGCGCCACCGCUUCUCCAUCAAUGGGCAUUUCUACAAUCACAAAACGUCUGUGUUCACGCCAGCGUACGGCUCCGUCACAAACGUCCGGAUCAACAGCACGAUGACGACUCCGCAAGUUCUGAAGCUGCUGCUUAACAAGUUUAAGAUUGAAAACUCUGCAGAAGAAUUUGCCCUGUACAUCGUCCACACCAGUGGAGAAAAACAGAAGCUAAAGGCUACUGAUUACCCACUGAUUGCUCGGAUCCUGCAGGGGCCGUGUGAACAGGUCUCCAAGGUUUUCCUGAUGGAGAAGGACCAGGUAGAAGAAGUCACCUACGAUGUUGCUCAAUACAUCAAGUUUGAAAUGCCUGUCCUGAAAAGCUUCAUUCAGAAACUGAAGGAGGAAGAAGACCGUGAAGUGAAGAAACUAAAGCACAAGUAUUCGGCCCUGCGUGCAAUGAUCAAGCAACGGCUAGAAGAGAUCUCUGAAGGCCCGGCCAUGAUGUGAGGCGUUUGCUUUCCCGGGACUGUGCUGCUGGCGUCCAGAAGGGAGGCCGCUUGAAGGAGUCUUGUUUACAGGAUGAACGUGCUACAACGAGUGAAGACCGGCGCUGCCCCGCUGGAACGGCUGGAACCCAGAACCAGCUUUGACCACGGCUUUUCCUCUCUCCCCAGUUACUGAGGGCGAACUCAGUGGAACCUUUCUUUCUGGCAUGGGUGGGGUUGGCAUACCUCAGAGUAGCCGUUGUUGGAGACAAAUGGGGAAUGGCCAUCACAUCUCUGCCUUGCUUAGGACCUGCCGAAGGCCCCUGCCUUGACCACUCUUGGAGACAAGAAUGUUGGGCUAGGUAAAACUUCGGUCUGCUCCAGCAGGGUGGCCCUCGUUUUUUCAGGGGUGGCGGUAAACUUGUUGGCCGGAAUUUAUUUUUACCUUUUGGACGCUUCACCUUUGCUUGCAACAAAAUGGCCUAGUUCACGCAUAAAGCUGAAUCAUGCUUUGGUUAACCCACGAUUUGUUGCCCUACUCAAACAGUGACUUUGUAUCCUAAAUGCCUUUGCGUCACUGUAGAAUGGCUGGUUUAUUUAAAAAACAACUGCUCUUGCCAGCCACCUCUGUAACCUGGUGAAACAACCCAUGAACAACCCAUGGUUCUGCAUUUGCAUGGAAUGACAACCUGUGCUUUAAACAAGCCAGAAUUCAGAACUCAACAACAGUCCACGGUUUCCCUUUCUGGGUUGUUCGUGGCUAACAAACCAUGGUUUGUUAGCUUGACCACAUUCACAGAUCAUGACAACACAGAAUUCAACAAUCCAAACCAUGGAUUAGUGUUAUGUGCAAACCAGGCCGCAAACCAGAGUUUGUCCUUCAAGCCGGUUUCCCAGCUUAGCAGGAACAGUUGUGGACCGCAGGGAUGCGUCUUGCCCUUUUGCCAUUUUUGUGCCCUAAAGUAUUACAGUCCUCACUAGCAGUCCCAAGUCCUCACCCAGUCCUGGCCUUUGUGAGCUUUCCUUUCCAUCGCAGCAGCUGUUUGUCACCAUGGGGUCUUUUUUAGUAGCCUAGCCUUGGCCGUAGGCCACCUCGUCUACCUCUUGCUGAAUGGGGGCCUUGGCCCUCCCUUCCCUUCCCUUCCCUUCCCUUCCCUUCCCUUCCCUUCCCUUCCCUUCCCUUCCCUUCCCUUCCCUUCCCUUCCCUUCCCUUCCCUUCCCUUCCCCUCCCCUCCCCUCCCCUGUCCUUCUGUGGCAGCUGAUGAUUCUUCUGAGGUUGCCCUGAGAAGGGAGAUCCCAUUCUGGCGACUGCCCGGGCAGCAAGGAUGCCUCCGGCAGGCGCACAGUGUUUGGCCUACCUAAAGCUAAAUGCCUUUGCUCAGACCUUUCUUCGCGUUCUUCCUUCCCCGCUGUAGGACUCUGAGGAGGAGGGUGGAGCUGCCCUCUUUCCAUCUUGGUCCACGUGUGGAGCUUCCCAGCAGGUUGAGUUUGCAGGUGGCCCAGAAAGCCAAAAGGGCGGCUGCAGUGUCUCUAGAGCGCGGGAGUGGGACGGCCUCAGACCAGGGCGCUGGCAGCCGGGCUCGGGGAUUUUUACUUCCUGCACCACCAGGGCAGCCUGCAGGUGGCCCAAAGGCUUCGCGGCGGCUUUUCAGUCCGGCAGGGGUCAGGUGGCCUCCGAGGACCCGAGAAGGUCCGAAGUGGCUUUCGUACAGUGCUGCUCUGGCUGGCUGGCUGCCCUGCCACUGACGGCACGCAUGCGCUGACCUGCAGCCUCCUUGCCAAUGUGAUGAGCGUGGCAUGAGCUGGGAUGGGGGCAGGCCCAUUUAGAAAGGGCAGGAGGAGAAGUCACACGGCAGGGUGGGGAAGCUCAGGCCAGGCGUCCCAGUCUGGUCCUCCGGGGUGCCCUAGAUGACCCCCUUUCCUGCAAUCACCCAUUCUUUGGAGACCUCUUGACUUUUGUGCAGUAUUUCCCCCACUCUGGCAGGAAGCGCUUUAAGUGAAAAUAGGCCAAUGUCAGCGGAGUGGCGGCUCUGCUCCGGGUUUCAGUCAGAAGCAGCCAGGGGUCUAAAGGAGCUCUCCAAGGCCACCUGCAUGCCCCCCCCCCCCGCGAAUGAGGGGGGCGGGGUGGUCAUCCUAGGCUCCUUGGAACCUGACUGCAGCCCCACACCUAAUUCCACCCUGGGGAGCCUCUCGGUGUUGUUGGUAUUUUGCCCCCUUUCACCUUCAGCUCACCCACCGCUGGAACGCCACAGGGGCAAAUGCCUUUGCAUUUUUGGUUUUUUUAAGGGUUGACUGACCAGAGUUAACCCUGCUGCUGUGAGGAAAGGUCAGCGACCACAAAACAGGCGUUCUAAGAAUGGCUGGUUUGCUUUGCAGUUGACACGUGAACAUGCCCCUCCUAUUUAAAACUCUUCCCCACCUCCCCGCACUGAAAUCUGGCAUGUCGGUGCCCCACCCACCCCGGCAUACCAGAUUUCAGUGCGGGGUGGGGGGAACCUUUCAUGGUUCUAGAGAGGCGGAGGGGGCGAUGCCCUGAGUCCCUUUAGCAGAUUCCCGCAGGCUCGCACCUUUUGGGGCAGGCAUGAAAAGCUGGGCAUCUUCACCACCCUUCCCUUUACGUUGGCUUGAAAGAGCUGGGAAAUCAUUCUUCCGUGCAAUGCAGAAAACAAAACCUCAGCAGUUGCGUAGGAGCAAAACAGCUGGGAGAAAGGGCGAUUUGCAGCAGAGAAGCGGAGGGGGAGGGGCGCUUAAGCCUGCUUUUCCUCCCUGCUACUUUCUGCCAGUAGCUUUGACUCCUGAGCUGUUUUCCCUCCUGGGGAGAGGGGUCCCGGAGCCCCUCAGGAGACGGGAAAGAGGCAUUUCAGCAGAGCUCUGCACCCUGUCUUCCAAAUGGCCCUCUCCCGCCUUGAGCGGUUUCCCGCUAACAAGCGGCCACGAGGGUUUUGUUGCACGGGUUUACGUGUCCUGCGUCGUUCUGCUCUUCACUGUCGGUCCCUUUGCAACUUUUUUUGAGAAAAAAAAUGACGAAGCAGAUGUGUUUCUGUUUGAACCUCCAUCUGGAAGGAUGGUUAUUCACGUGUUGCUUGUUAGGAGUGCAAUCCAAAGUAUGUUUAACUUAGCAAGAGACAUCUAUGGGACUUUGUUCUGAGUAAACACACUGAGGAUUACGCUGUAGGUCUCUCUCUCUGUCUGUCUGUCUGUCUGUCUGUCUGUCUCUCUCUCUCUCUCUCUCUGUCUGUCUCUCUCUCUGUCUCUCUCUCUGUCUCUCUCUCUCUCUCGUGUCUAGCUUAACCCCAUAACAUCUCUUCCUUUCUAAAUUGCACUAGAUUGAUUGUGGGUUUUUUAUUUUUUAAAAAAAGCUCCACCCUUUUCUAUUCUUUUUAGCAUUCUCUACAUGCCAAAUAUCACAUGCACAGGAAAGUAACAGCAAUAAUUUAUGUGAAUAAUGUUGUUGUUUUGAAAGAUUUGAAAAUGAACCAGCACAAAAUUGCUCCGGCGUCCUUCAAGUUCCUUUGUGGGCCGAAUAGCACAAACCUACUUUCUAUUGUUGUCUGAAUGCGUUUUUGUCCAAAUGUAUCUUUGAUUCCAUCCAUGUUCUUGGUUCCUGUCUUUGCUUGGAGACUGCAAAGGUGGGGCACUUUUUCUUUUUUUAAAAAAAGAAGUUUAUGGCCCUGUUCAGAAGACACCUUAAACCACGGUGGUUAAGGCUAAAGCUUUAAACACCAUGGUUUAAGGUGUCUUCUGAACAGGGGCAAUGUUGUCUGGUGUAUAAAGAAUUGUUGGGUUCCAAGCAUGCUCAAAAUCCUGUCAUGUUAGGCCUGCACUGGCCCUUCCUCACCUGAUUUUGCCAUAAUCAGGUGGUAAAACAUGCAUGUGUGAACCAGGUCAUUGUGUCUGGGUUGACAUUUUUCUCCUAUUUAUCACGGCAUAUUCGUACAUGACGUUCAUUGCUGCUGUUAAGUGAUGAGCAGGAUUGGGUGAACCAAGCCGUAGCACGAGACCAGCCUUAAGGAAGAAUAGCCCGCCAUGUGCUGCAAGGUAGGAAAGAUGAUCACGGCUCCACUAAGUGCCCCUGUUUUCACCUACUGUGCUGGAUGACACGCAAUGCACCUUCCAUUGCACACCGUAGUUACCUGAACAAGUGUUAGCAAUAAUGUAGACCUGUACCUUUGAUGGGAAAGGUAAUGUCGCAUAGAGUUCAAGAGACUUGAGCUGUGAACUGAGAAGGACCGGAGUUCAAAUGUUACCCCUUACUGUGAACCAUUAAGUGGCCUGGGGCAUGCCAGUCUCAGCCCCAGCCCCACUUCUGCACUAUGGGGGUGAUAAUGCCGGCCUACCUUGUAGAGUUGUCGUCAGGUUUGUGUGAUGCAGUUUGAGCAUCUUAGGAUUCCUUUAUAAAUGCUAUGUAUUUUUAUCCACUGGUGCUCAUUCACAUGUUCUAACCUGGCCUGUGACGUGAGUCCUCUUGGGAGUGCCAAAUAUAUCUGUGUUUGGUCAUUUUCAGGCCAAUUUCUCUGCUGUGUUCAGUCUUUUGUCCUGCCACAUCCAGUGUCCGGAGGACGGGAGAACAUUGUUGCAAAAUGCCACUCAUGGAAAAACUCUCCUUCCUAGCUGCCCCUCUUUUAGGAGAUAGAGUUCCAAUUCUUGCCCUCCUAUUGCCAGGCUAUGGCUGGCUAGCUGGCUUCUAAAACUUCCAACUGGCUAGCUGGCCAGUGUAGCAUCCAUCACAGUGUACAGGAAGCUGUUUUCCUGGAUAUGUCCUACCAUAACUUUUGCAAAGGAAGAAGCUUUGCCCGCGCACGUGCGCGCGCACACACACACACAGUGCUGUGCCAAACAUUGCAUCGAUGGUCCAGUUUAUAGGUAAAGUAGAAUCCAGUAGUAAGGCUUUUCCUGGAAUGCUUCAUUUCAGGCUGCAGGUAUGGGCAGUUUUAAUCAAAAACACUGUGCGUAGAAAAAUAGCAUGCCAGGGAAAUGUUGCACCUUGAUGUGCCACUGCGUGUGUGCACUGCAUUUGCCAGGUGCUGAAAGAGACAAGCUUGCAACAUGCACACACACCCGACACAAGCACACACACCCUGAAGCCUCAAAUGGUUCUGUCCAGGAAAAACUUGACCACUCUUACCCUGCUGAAUGUAUGAAUUGGCUUUCACUGUUUUGAUCUAGCAUUAGGUGAGGUUCCUUUCCCCUUUCGGAUCUUUGUCCACAAGGUUUUGGCAUUCAGAUAAGAUCUAUCUUGGUUUGGAAAGGGGGGAAAAACAGCACAUAAAUCGCAUCCUUCAUUUUGGACAGAAUUGGGGCCCAUAUCAAUGACAGGUGCUGUUGUUGUGGAGGUUACUGGGAAACAAUCUCUUUUUGGAGCAGCUUCUGUGAGGGGAUUUCAUCAGGCAAAAAGGCUUUGAGCUCUUGCAGCACAAAGCUGAAAGAUGCAAAUACUGUGGUAUCUCUCCCCAUUGCCCCGAAUAAUAAUAAAAAAAACCUUCCAUGUUUCAUUGAGCUGAACUAGCAAUAUCUUGACCUAUCAUUUACAUGAGAAAAAACGUGGGCUGGAGCUCCCUCUUCAGUUUGCAUUGUAUUUUCGGAAUUCCCUUUUAAGUGUUCGUUAUUGUUGUUUUCAUUUUAUCCAUGGCUCUUUCAAAGGUUUGUGCUGCAGGGGUGGGGAAAAUCUGUAAAGUAUUUUGACCACGGAUUUGGUAACACCUCAUUGUUAAUAUCAUUCUGGAACAGCUCAAUAUAGUAUGAAGCACAUACAACAACUAGAUUAUUUUGUUUUAAUUAAAAGCACUUUGUGAAUAAAAA